UGAUCGUCUGCCGUUGUCAGCUUCGACAUGCCCGACCUCCCUCAUGGAUGGCGGAUGAGAAAUGCCGAAGGCGAGAAGGUUGGUCCGCCUGUCGAAGAAGAUGGCAACUACCAAGUCUCGGGGGACGACGAAAGUGGUAGCGAGCCAGAUGUUGAGCUGGCGGGACUUGAUCUGAAGCCCGACUCAGAGGGAUGGGACGACGUUGAAGAUGACACUGAGGAUGUCAGCAUCAAGUGUCUGUUUUGCGACGAGAUAUUCAGCGGAGCUACCGCCAUGAACGAGCACUCUGCCAAGACGCACGAAUUCGAUCUGGCAAAAGUGCAGGCACAACAUGAUCUGGACUUCUACUCCUCCAUGAAGCUAGUCAACUAUCUUCGCGCUCAAGUCCAACAGGGAGAUGCUAAACCUGACGUGAGCGAUGCGAAAGCCUGGGCCGAUGACAAGUACCUGCAGCCAACGUUGGAAGACGAUGCGCUGCUGUUCAGUCUCGACGAUAUCGAUGAACGACCUGUGCCAGAAGAGGAACACACAGAAGCCGGAGCUACUUCCUCGAUUGAUGCUGUCAUCAACCAAUAAACCUCUGCCGUUCAGUACGCUGGACGCGACUGCAGUUCCCAGGAGACCAGCGCAAUGCCACACGAGAACAUGCUGCGGAUUCGCUCCGAGUCCACUAAAUCGCGGUUGAGGUAGAGGUCGGGCUUGCGUAAUAUAGCCAUUGUUUGACUCGACAUCGCGUCCCUGCAAAUCUAGGAAUAUGGACAUCGCUUCACACGGCCAGCAGGCGGACAGGACGCCCCGCAUGGCCCAGUCGGAUCGACUAGAAGCUGACAUGUGCUUGCGGUCAUGAAUGCACUUGCGGACAUUGUGCGUGCUUCAGGGUGUGGAGGCUUCGAAAGCUAUCAGGUGUAGCUGCUCAGUCAGACUUAUUCUGCACCCCGUCGAAGUAGGCAAUCUUCCGGAAAUUCAAUAGUCUUCAUUGACCAGAAGUCGGAUUCCGGGCUCGUUGCGUCCAAGCAGAAUUCGAGCGGCCGCUUGUGGCUCAACCGGGCGAAGCAUCUGUGUACUGCCAAUCGCCGGGGCAGACUCCUCUCAAGCGAUGUCUGUGGCACUGCGCAUUAAUAGACGCCAUUUCUGGGAGCAGCGGCAAUGAGCGGUGAUUGUGAUUGGUCGGCACUGUUGAACUUCGAUCCUUCGCUUGCACAUGUGCGUAUCAUGUUGCGAAGGAUUGCGCUA